UAACAUGACCGGAUUACAUACUAACUUCCAAGUACAUACGCAAUCGAAUUUCUUGUUACCGCUUAAUAAUAUUUGCAAACAAUAGCAUACAAGAAAUUAAAGGCUUGUUUGCUCGAAAUAAGAUACCUCCCAAACUGCUGAAAACGGAAAAGGAGAAUCCAAUCGGCCAAAGGUGAUAUUGUUAAGGCAGCAACAGCCACCCUAUGAUUCCUCCAAACACUCCCUUCCAUUAGCUAGCUUCCCAAAAUCCCCUAUAUCAUCACACUCUUCACAUUUUUGGGGACUCUUUUAGUUUCUUCCAACCCACCCUCUGCUCUUUACUUCCCACUUUCCCGAUGCCUUCUUUUUGGACACUUCCUUUGAACCCCAACCCUUUUCUUCCCAACAUUUUCCUACAUUUGCAUGUUGAUUCCCUCUUUUCCACCCAACCUCUCUCCCACUAUAUAUACCAUAGUGUAAGAAGAGGAGAAAGAAAAAAAUUCAUUUGUACACCACUCGUCUCAAUAUCUCUAAACAAGAUCAACAAAAGAAACGAUCGAUUGUUUCAUGCAGUGUUUCAAAGAGUCCUUCGACAUGGCAAGGUUAGAGAGCAGCACGACCACCACGGGCAUUGGCCAGUCAUCGAUUACGUUGUUGCAGGAGAGGUUCAAACAGUUGCGGAGGGCAAAGGAGAUGAGGGAAGAGAAGAAGAUGUCCAAGAUAAUGGACUUGAAGCCUACUAACAAUCAUACUAGUAAUAGAAAACUUCACCUUCAUCCUCAUCUAUUCAAAUCCUCUCCGUCCUCGUCCGUCGUGGUCAAAUCCAAAGCAAUGAUGUUGGGAUUUGAAAGCGCACGAUUUGAUAGUCUUCUUAACAAGUCAUCGGGAGCGAGUCAGUCCCAAUCCCUGGUGUUCUCAUCGUCACCGUCAUCAUCAUCAUUAUCGUUGAGACAUAACAGCAACGACUCUCAUCAUCACGAUCGGGAACGGAAUAAGACAAAAAAAUUGUAUUGUCGCCAUCGUCAUGAGAAGAAGAAGAAGAGUUUGGAAUACUAUUGUGAUAUUGGCAAGUUUUUGCAGGUAAAUAAUAAUGGUAGUGAUCGUGCUGAAAAGGUUGUUAGGCAAUAUGAUAUUAUGAGUAAUGUUCAUCAUCCUGGGGAUCAAAAGAUGAUGAAGAGAUUUGAUCAUAUGGGUGGAAGUGAUGAUAUUGAUACUUCUCUUCAUCUUUGAAACAAUUUAGUACGGAAAUGGGAGACUGGAAAUUUUGAUCUGGUAUUUUGUCUCUCCCUUUUCCUUUACUUGGUUCAUAUAGGCCUAAUAUUGUUGACUACAUCAAAGGCUGAUUAUAUCUAAAAGUAGAUUUCAAUCUUCUCGUCAUCAGUCAAAUAUUUUUGUAAUUAUCUUUCAUUCUCAUAUUAUUAUUUAAUUUUACAGCGUCGAUAAUUCAAACCGUUAAUCUAAGAUCACUAUGAAUAAUAACAUAUAACUAAA